UCCGACCGCCUCGCGUUCAGGAAGCAGCGGGGGAACGGACGACUUGUGCUGGCAGCGCGAUAAAGAAAGUGGAGCUACUCCGGCCUUUUCCUCCGCGGAGACUUUCUAAAAUUGUUAAAGUGACUUGUGAAACCCCAAAGCUAACGUACAAUACUGAGCGAUAAACCCGUGGACGUCAGUUUUAUAAAGUCUCCUUUUUAAAUAUGCCUCGCGGCGGGAAAAAGGGCCACAAGGGCCGGGGGAAGCAGUUCAGCAACCCAGAAGAGAUUGACCGACAGAUGAGAGCGCAGAGGGAGAUGGAGGCAAAUGGUGGUGCAGAGAAAGAGAGCUCGUCUGAAGACUCUGAAGAAGAGAGCAGCAGUGAUGAGGAGACCAAAAAAAAGAGUGGGGUGGAGGGACUAAUAGAGAUUGAGAAUCCCAACCGAGUGGCCCAGAAGGCCAAAAAAGUGACUGAAAUAGAUGUCAGCGCACCUCGAGAGCUGUCACGCCGGGAGAGAGAGGAGAUAGAGAAGCAGAAGGCGAAGGAGCGCUACAUGAAGCUCCACCUGGAGGGGAAGACUGAGCAGGCCCGGGCCGAUCUGGCCAGACUGGCCAUCAUCAGGAAGCAGAGGGAGGAGGCCGCCAAGAAGAGAGAAGAGCUCAGGAAAGAAAAAGAAGCUGAAGAGGCCAAGGCAAAGCGCUAGUUGUCCCUCUUUUGAGGAUCUGACGUGUAUAACAGUCUGAGAGGAUGGAGAGGAGGAGGACAAAGGGGAGGGGACCAAUACGAGGGGAGUCGGCUCAGGGCGCGCCUGGGCUCCUGUCCCUCACUAUAAAGGAGAGGGGUGUGGGGCUUCCAGGCUGUGUGGUCAGGGCGGGAAAAUGGGGUGGAGCAAAGGGAGAGGAAGAGGAAUGCAACAUUUGGGACGCCUUCUGUUUUGUUUUAUGUACCUCGUUAUUUUGAGAGGUGACAAUCGCAGGUUUUCCAAGUGCUUCACCACCUCUUUACUCUUCCCCACCCACCAGGGUUUUAAUUCUGAAGCUGCUCAAGUUUUUUGCCAUUCCUUUUGAGUCAUUUUUUUUUUUUUUUACAUAAAGUUUACUUUAAUUACAGGUAUCAAUGAUCAGGUGUGUGGUUUUUUUGGUGCUUUACUUUCCCCUCCAUCUAGCCUGUUUUGCACAACAGCAAAUCAGUGACAGAGGGAGAAAGGAACACUAAUCAGAGGAUAAACAAUUUAUAGGAAAUGAUUAGAUUAGCUAAGAGAUCCUUUAUUAGGGAAAUUUGUCUUGGACGCCAUAUGGAGUCCACAGUCAAGACACAUAGCAAUUCAAUUACACACUUAAAUUAAACAAUUAUACAAACACACACAUUUUCAGUACUGUACACACAUCUAAAACAACGCAAGAGUAGAAAUUCCCAUUCAAAAAAUAAUAAGAUAUAAUGGAUCUCUGACACUGUUCAGGGGUGCUUUCAGGAUGGAAAAUUGCUUGCUAUACCUCAAGAAGCUAUUUCAUGCACAGAGCUCAGUUGAUAGGUUAUAUAUUAAAUAUUUUUCUGAACAUUGGAAAUGAUUUCCCCCCCUCAAACUCAACACCAGUCUUUGUCACCUUACACCAGAUUUGUCUCCAGUCACAGUGAGGGUUCCAUUCGCUCAGAGAAGCCUUUGGCUGCUCUGGAAAGUCACCACGGUGUGUAUAGAAACUAGUAGACAUUUAGUUUCCAGAACAGUCCCACAAAACUUCGAAAAUUCUACAUUUUUGCCCUUUGAAUGGAUGUAAAUCUGUUCCGAAAUGUUUCAAAAUGUCCUGUAAUCCUCUGCUUAAAGCGCUGGAAAAUACCAGUAUCACUAAUAAUGUUUAGUACUGCAUCACUGAAUCUUGGUCUUCCUCAAAUGUCGUGGCAAGUUUAGUAUCUUGCCAGAAGGAUUCCUUGAGUAGAAUUGGCUGAAAUACAAGUUUAUUAAUAUUUUUUAUCUGGUGUUGCUAAAUAUCAAUGCAGGAAAGUAUCACCUGAAACUGCCUCAGUCACCUCGGUCUUACCACAGUAACAUGGGGCUCUUGUGGCUCUGUAGAAGGGACUGUCUGUUUUGUUGCCUUUUGAAAGUUUACACAAGACCAAUUCACUGUCUUCUCUGAUAAAUCAUUGCCAUAACGACAUGUUACAUAGAAACUGGUGUAAUUUUAAAUGCCUUGAUCAAGAAAGCAAUAUUCUCUAUAAUAUGGAAGUAGCUGAAAGAACAAACUCUGUUCAGUCUGUUGGAAACCACACAGUAUGAAAAGUGUAGCCGCAGUGUUUUAAAAUGAGUAUAAACACCAAGACUGAGAAGUAAUUCCUUUUGAUUUUUCAUCUUGUGUGUGAAAUCAUUUGUUGUAUAGAAAAUAAAUACAUUGAUAGAUAAAUGA